AUGCGUUUCGACCUCUUUCUAAUAUUAUCCAGUCUUGCUAUAUUGGCUGGCCCCGCUGUGGGCUUGGGGUUGUUUAGAGGAUCUAGGUAUAUGCGAGAGCUGCAGCUGGCUGCUGAGUUGAACUUGGACCCCAGAUCACUUUCCAAGAAAAAUACUGUACACUCAGUGCUCGCAAAGGCCAAUACUCAAAUUGAGAAGGUUACUACAGAAUACAUCACGAUACCUAUCGAUCAUAAUGAUACUUCUGUUGGCACAUACCAAAACCGGUUCUGGGUGAAUGAUGACUACUACGAGGCUGGGCGUCCGAUCAUCAUGUACGAUGCCGGAGAAACAAAUGCAGAGAGUAUUGCCAAGAAUCACUUGACAUCGAGUUUGUCAUUUUUCAGAAAAAUCCUUGAGGACACUCACGCAAUGGGAAUUAUAUGGGAACAUAGUAGAGAUACACCGCCUGAGCACUUUAAAUACCUUACGACCAAACAAGCCCUUGAGGAUAUCCCGUAUUUUGCGCGAAACUUCAGCCGCCCAAAGUUCGCCGAGCAUGAUCUUACCCCCAGCUCCACACCCUGGGUCCUCGUCGGAGGUUCGUAUGCUGGAAUUCGGGCGGCUUUUGCCCGUAACAAGUACCCAGACGUUAUCUUCGCUGCUUAUUCUUCCUCUGCUCCGGUCCAGGCACAACUGAAUAUGAGCAUCUACUAUGACCAAGUCUACCGUGGUUUGGUCGGACAUGGCUUUGAAAACUGUGCCAAGGAUAUCCAUGCAGCUCUAGGUUAUAUAGACCAGCAACUGUCAAAUAAUCACACCGCUGCUGCUAUCAAAAAGCUAUUUUUUGGCCCCGGAGCUGACCAGAACAGCAACGAAGGCUUUACAGCAGCUUUGGCGACUAUCUAUAGCUAUUUCCAGAACUAUGGUCUUGACGGUCCUGAAGGAACUCUGCGUGAACUCUGCGAGCAUCUGGAAGUGGAUCCUACAACAAAGGAAGCAGCAGGUCCUGAUGGCUUCGCUCCAGUCCGUGGAAGCAAGCAUGUGGCUGAACGUUGGGCUGCAUGGCCAGCGUUCACGCCAUUGGUCAAUAAUUUUAUGGAGACCAAUUGCAGAGGACUUAGUGAUCCUGCUAAGCCGUCUUGUAAGCUGGAUAUGACAUAUUACGACCCUGAUUCCAUUAGCUGGAGUUGGCAGUAUUGCACUGAGUGGGGAUUCUAUCAAAGCAGCAAUUUUGGCCCUCAUUCACUGCUCUCCCGCUACCAGACCCUGGAGUAUCAGCAGGAAGUAUGCAAUAACCAGUUCGCCCUGGCGGUCGCAAACGGCGUGCUGCCAUCAUACCCACAGACGGAAGCCCUCAACAAAGAGUACGGGGGCUGGAAUAUCCGACCGUCUAAUACUUUCUUCACUGGUGGAGAGUUUGAUCCAUGGAGGACGUUGUCUAUGCUGACCACUGAAGAUAUCGCGCCUGAAGUUGCGCCCGAUGGAAUCACGUUCUCUACCAAGAUUCCGAAUUGUGGCGAGACGAGCGAGGACAAAGUGUUCGGAUACCUUCUCAAAGAUUCUGAGCAUUGCUAUGAUUUCCAAGGCUUAUCCACAGAAGGAAAGGCGGCUCGUGACCUGUUUAAGGAAGCAUUGACAAAAUGGUUGCCGUGCUUCAAGCCUUCAAGCUCCAAGGCUUCCAUGGUGAACGUCACACAGGCGGAAAUAACAAAGGGGGCGGUGAUGUAG